AACGGCGCGCCGGGCUUGCGCAGGCGCGUGGCGAGCGUCGUGAGGGAGUGAGAGAGAAAAAAGAAAGCGACUCGCGCAAUGGCGGAUUGACUGCGGCUCUUUCCCGCCGCCUUUCGCGAGCGACCGCGUCUAUUGGAGGUGGUGACCUUUUGAGAGCUGCAUGCAACGGAAUUUCAUUUUAAUGCCUGCCAAUUAGCGCUUCCGGAAAAAGGACUCGUAAAAUAUGUUUGUUGGUCCGAAGAGUAAUUUAUUGAUUUUGCUGGAAAGGUUGCAUCAUCUUUACAGCAAAGAAAACAGCUUUUUAUAAUUCCAUAAAGGCCGGCGUUCUCCCAAGGGGAAAUACUGGACUAGAAUUGCAGAGAUGAGUUCAAGUCCUGCUUUAGCCAUGAAAGCCAACUGGGUGACUUCAGGUCAGUCGCUCUCUGUCUCUCUCAGCCCAACCUAUCUCGCAGGGUUGUUGUUUUGGGGAAAAUAGGAUGAGGAAGCUGUGUCAGAUACGUUCGCUGCCUUGAGGCCUCACAUAUGAGGCAGGAGGCAUCUAAAUUAUUUUUUUAAAAAUAACCAGAAGGACAGGUAGUCCUGGAUUUACAACAGUUCAUUUAGUUACAAUGGUGAUUUCUGAGCAUUGCGGGCAUUCUCAUGGUCAAAAUUCAGACGCUUGGCAGCUGGCUCGUAUUUAUGACGGUCGCAGUGUCCCGGGAUCACGUGAUCCCUUUUUGCGACCUUCUGACAAGCAAAGUCAGCGAGGAAGCCCAGAUUCACUUAAUAACCGUGUGACUCACUUGUAACAACUGCAGUGAUUCACUUGUGGCAAGAAAGGUAGCAAAACUCACUUAACGAAUGUCUCACUUAGCAACAUAAAUUUUGGGCUCAGUUGUGGUCGUAAGCCGAGGACUACCUGUGUCAAUAUAAGACCUGGUUUCCUGAUGUGAUGUUGACUGUCGUCAGCAUGUGAUACCUGAGCAAUAGUAAUUUCCUCCAUUUCGUCAUGUGAGAACAUGUCUAGCCAGAAGGUAAACAGGUGACUUGGACAGUGAAUCAUGAGAUCAAAACAAUAUGUAUAUAUAUACAUAUAAUAUCUAGCAUCCUCCUUUAAUGUUCGUUUUCUUGUGCUGUGGGCAGUCAAAUGCCUGCUUUGGAUUAUAAUUUUCCCCCCACCCCAAAUAUCUAUUUUUUAAGUUUUAGAUGUGUAGCGAAUUUUAUGUAGUGUGAUAGGGUUUUUUUCCCCUCUUUUUUUGUGUGUGUGUGUUCGUUUUUGAUCCGUACAAUUUUGGGCAAUUUUUGUUGGGACUCCGAAACCAAGAAGCCUCAAAAUUGAUAAGAAUUUUUAAGCUAUCGAAAACUUCUGAAUCCACCAACAGCCCAGGUAAAUGGGGGAAAUGCUGUGUUUAAUUAAGACAAAGGUAUUUAGUGGGUUGUGUAGAGGAGAUGGAAAAGGGCAAACGAAGAGGGGGACCCCAAAUGUCUUUAAUUGCUUUUAUUCCGAUAGAUGAUCAUGUCUAGAAUGCUUAAAUAUUAUUCCAACGUCUGUUAUUGCUGAUGAAGGGUUGAGUGUGUGUGAACUGGCUUUAUUUAAAAAAAACAACAACCUGUCUUUUAGAUGAGUUGUACAGGCAGUCCUCAGUCCUUGCGUUGAUGACUUUCACAGGUCUGUAUAGCAAAGCAGGAUACAUAAGAGGAGUUUUCCAGUUUCACUUAGCAACCACUGUUUCACUUAGCGACUGCUUCACUUAAUGACCAGUUGCCUGUGCCAACUGGCAACUGCCCGUAGAGGCUUAGAAUUUGUUUCUUCUGUGCGACCAGCUGAUUUGCAGUUGUCAAGUAACGAAUAUAUAUAUAUGAAUCCAUCUCUUUUUUGCAUAUGUUGAUAUAUCUGAAGUUAUAGUUAGUCCUCAACUAAUGAUCAUAGUCGAGACCAGAUUUCUGUCACAAAGCGAUGCGGUCAUUGAGUGAGUCAUGUGUCUCGACUUGAUUUUAUGACCAUUUUACUGCAGACAUUAAGUGAACCACAUGGCCGUUGAAUGAAUCACACAGUGAUUAAGUGAACGUGCUUCUUUAAUUGACUUUUUUUGUCAAAAGCUGGCUGGCUGGGGAAUUCUGGGAGUUGAAGUCCGCACAACUUAAAAUGAGCAAGGCUGAAGAAUCUGUGUUCGUUUUUGUUGCUUUUAAGUUGACAUGGUGUAUCUUUCGUGCGUGGCAGUGACAAAGUAGAACUGGUCUAUUUUAAACGAAAUUGCAUGUUCUUUUUAAAAAAUUUUUUGAAGGGUGGCAAUUGAGGAGGGGAAUAAUUGAUUGUGCCUGGGGGGUUUAGUUUCAUUUAACUAACAGAAUUUGCGUUUGCUUGCCAGAAGCUGCUGAGGAAGGUUGCAGAUGACAAUUGCCCAACCCCAGGAUGCUUUGUCAAGCAUCCGAAGUUUGACCACCUGAGUGUGUGGAUGCUGCAACAGUCAUAGGUGCGAGAACUGGACAUAAACCAGUUUAAAAAAAAAAUUGGAACAAAUGGUUGUAAGUUGAGGACUACAAGUUGAGGACUAGUAAACCCAACAGUUAAUUCAGAAGAACGCAGCUCCAGAUAUUCAAAAGUCAAGAUUUGGGGUCCAGAACGAGUGUGAAUUGUUUGUUGGAGGAAGCGGAGCUAAGAAAUAAGAUCAUGGAGGACAACAUUCACAUCCAUGCUUGGUCCUGCUCCUAUUAUCUCAACUCAGAGAAACAAUGGAUUCCCGGCAAACUCCUGCUGACCCCAGUUUCGGUCAAAUUUACGGCGGACAAAUCCGGAGAAAUCUUGGCCAGUUUCCCCCUUUCCUCCAUCAGCGAGAUCAAGAAAGAAUCGUCCACUUUAAUCUUCAGUUCCCUCACCCUUUUGGAGAGCAACACCAAGCAUUGGUUCAGCUCCCUUCAACCCAACCGUAACGUGAUCUUCAACGUGCUGGAACAUUUUUGGAGAGAGCAACUCCUCUCGCCCGGCGGAGCCAGGCUGCAGACGGCGUGCGCCCAGACGUCCAAGGGCAAGGAAUUGACCGGCUUGAUGAUGGGAUCUGAGAAGCGCCUGGAAGAUACCGCGAAGGUCCUGGAGCACCAGGGUGAACAGUUCGAUAACAUCAUGAAAGGCCUGGACAAAAUCGAGUCAGAGAUGGAUGUGGCAGACAGGUUAUUGUCCGAACUCGAGUCUCCGUCUUGGUGGCCCUUUGGUGGGAAACUCCCCAAGGCCGCAUCCGAAGCGGGGAAGGCGAAGGAGAACCCCGCAGCUUCUCCCUCCAAAAACAAAGAUGGCGUCAUCCUGCACAUCCCCGUCGUCAUCACCGAACGGAACGAUGCUCAGGUCAAACCGGGCAGCCUCACCCUCUCAGUGUCCGGCCUGAGGAUCUGCGACGCCAAGUCCCAGCUGCUGCACCGGUUCGACAAGAGGGACGUCGACGACAUCAGGGUCCACACCCCUUACGAAAUCUGCGUCCGACAGAGGUUUAUCGGCAAACCGGAUAUCUGCUACCGGCUGCUGUCGGCAAAGAUGCCCGAAGCCAUCCCUUUCCUGGAGAUGCAGUUCAACAAGAAGAUUCAGUUCUCGGAGGAUGCUUUGGGGCUCGCGCAGGCUAAGAGGGUGUCUCCGGAGGAGGUGGGGGUCUCUAUUUGGCAAGCAGCCACUGGGUUUGUGGGAAGCCUAGUUCAUACCGGAGCGACACCCUCCUCCUCUCGAGGGAGCGGAGACCCCCAGCAGCAGCAACAGCAGACUCAGGUGCAGAAGGAGAAACAGGUCGUCUCCCAGAGUGAAACGCAGGAAAUCCGCCAGAUUCUUCGGAGGCUCAAAUGCCUGGCCUUGGAAACGGAGACGGAGCUGGAGCGGCAGGACGAAAGCCUGGAUGCCAUCACCUCCUCCGUGGAUCGGGCCACCAUGAAUAUUGACCGGCAGAACCGCAGAAUCCGGAAACUCACCUAAGGAAACAACCACCCCUUCCCCACCCCCCUCUCCCCCCCAAAACAAGAGGAUUUGGGCAGCUGGGGAGCAGAGGGCUUCGUUCGUCCUGUGGGCCACCUCCUUUAGGUGUCGAAUUGGUUGACAAAACCCCCACCCCCCCAAAAAACCCCGAAUUCACAAAAGAGGAAGGUCUUCCCGAUUGGGGUAUUAUUAUUAUUGUUAUUAUUAUUGCAAAGGAACCCAAGUUCUCAAAAGGACUUUUUGAGUUGCAAAAAAAAAAAAGGAAGGACGUAAAAGUUGCGAACCGAAACAACCUUUGUUUUUUGGUUAUUCUGCAGCCGUUCUGAGGACACCAUGUCAUUUUUGGGGGGGUGUCCUCCCCCAA